AUGGACCCAGACCGUGAUGCCCUGGAGGCCUUCUGCACACAGGAAACUCAUUACUUCUGCACAGAGUGUUGUGUGUGCACGGAUAGGGAGGGCCAUCUGGGACGAGAGGAGGGCGGCGGCUCUGUUCUAACCGACGGGUCAGCCGGCGCUAGUGCGUCCAACCGGCUGCCCUUAUUUCGGACACAUCCAGCCUCCAAUUACUCGCGCGGCUCAAAAAUGACGACGCAACACGGGCCUCGGUACGUGUGCCCGCGCACAGCGUCAGUAGUACGCGCGACCGCGCGCCGUGUUUCUCGCACGAUUGAGCCAAUCACGGCCCGGACAGCUGCUGUGGCCAAGCCGCAACGUUAUCGCGGACAGUCCCGGGAU